AUGUCUACAGUACAGGAGUGGGCAAGGUUGAAGAUAAAUAAUACCACUGCGCAACCCGUCGCUGCUUCUGCAGGUCCGAUGAGCUAUGAUGCCGAUAUCUCAAUGCUCCAGGAUAGUGUCAACCUGCCUAGCUCUCAGGUGGCAUCAUACCAGCCAGCUAUGGCAGGAAACAAUGCUUCUUUCUUGCAGAACCCCGUUGGCCAGUAUCCAUAUCCUGAACCCAGCAACUACCAGCAGAAUGUCUGGGUCAAUCAGCAGCAGCCGCAAUUGUCCAAUGUUGCAUUCCAAUCAGUUGCGCAGUUGGGGACGCAGAAUCCUGGGUUCGUCAACUACCAGAUCAACACCCUGGUCAACCAGCAGCAUCCGGAAUUGUUUGGCGGCGUCUUUGAAUCCGUUGUGCAGAUGGGUAUGCAAAACCACGUGGAUGAACUGACUGAUGGCAUUAUUGGGCCUGUUAAUGAUGAAAUGAUCGAACCAAGAAAAGGAAGUUGGUUAUCUCUCAAGAACAUUCUUGCUUUCUCACCCGAUCAUACUCCUCUGCAGCUCUUUCUUGCCCAUGUUUCUGCUGGGGGAGGUGACCCUGUUAUCAAUACCGGUCGGGUUAUACCCAGUGUUCGAACUUCGUCGCUGUUGGAUGGUUAUCGUUCUUUCUCGCGUUUCAAACCCGCAUAA